GUCACAUCCGGUGAGAGGGGUCUUUUUUUGUUUUCCCGUAUCCGCCAUUUCAGUUUUUGAAGUUAGUUGUUAUCGGCCGCUGUGUUAUAGCUGAAAUUCUGCUGCUAAAGCGUAUUGUAUGAUUAAUAGAGCUGACUUCUGGUCAUAAACCAAAUAAGAGUCAUUUUUAUAUCGUGGUUGAGUUUCUGUAUCGGCGAAUUGAUGCCCAAACGGCUAACUGCGGAUGUCGCCUGUUUACUAAACGUGCUCUAGGCGCUAAAGUUUUUGUAUGAGUUGAAGGCUUUGCUUGUGGAUAACGGGAGGGAGAGCAGGGAAGGCCCGGUGAAGCCUCGGCUUUGGAGUGGUUAUCAUGGCUGGAAAUUUUGACGCGGAGGACCGUGGCAGUUGGUACUGGGGUCGGUUGAGCAGGCAGGAGGCUGUGUCUCUGUUGCAGGGGCAGAGGCACGGCGUGUUUCUGGUCCGGGACUCCAUCACCAGCCCCGGCGACUACGUGCUCUCGGUAUCAGAGAACUCCAAAGUCUCACAUUACAUAAUUAACAGCAUCAGCAACAACCGACAAUCCGGUCCAGGUUUGGUCCAUCCGAAGUUCCGUAUUGGUGACCAGGAGUUCGACGCUCUCCCAGCUUUGCUAGAAUUCUAUAAAAUCCACUACUUGGACACCACCACCUUAAUAGAACCUAUCAACAAGUCCAAACACACCUCCUUCAUCAGUGUUGGCCCCGGCGGAGGCCCCCCGCCACGCCUGGAAGACGAGUAUGUCCGAGCACUUUUUGAUUUCCCCGGCAACGAUGAGGAGGAUCUCCCAUUUAGGAAGGGUGAUAUUCUCAGAGUUCUCGAGAAGCCCGAGGAGCAGUGGUGGAAUGCCCAGAACUCUGAAGGCCGUGCAGGGAUGAUCCCAGUGCCCUACGUGGAGAAGUACCGACCGGCAUCUCCAAGUUCGGUGGCAGGGCCUGGCGUGCCUGGGGGACCAGCAGGAGGGAUGGGGAUGCUAGGGAACUCUGACGGCUCUGCGGCUCAGUCGGGCACUCCGCUACUGGGAGACCCCAGCCAGUACGCCCAGCCCACCCCUCUCCCAAAUCUCCAGAAUGGACCUGUCUAUGCCAGGGCCAUACAGAAGAGGGUGCCCAAUGCCUACGACAAGACUGCCCUGGCCUUAGAGGUGGGCGAUAUGGUGAAGGUGACCAAAAUUAACGUGAACGGCCAGUGGGAGGGGGAAUGUAAAGGCAAACGUGGCCACUUUCCCUUCACACACGUCAAACUGCUGGACCAGCACAAUGCCGAGGACGAACUCAGCUGAGAGUAGAAAGCUGGGCCGCAACCUGGACACUAGUAUUAGACCCUUCCUCACCCCUUCUCCCUCCUUUCCUUCCUAUUCCACACACUCACCUGCUCUCUCCUCCCUCACGUCUGCUCCAGCGUUUACCUGCACCAAGUACGUUUUCAAAGAAUCACUGAGAACAAAACAAACAGACCCUUGUUGGACCCUUGUAAUGCACACCCUCCAUUUCUACCCCUCUGAAUAAUCAUGCCUGCCGUCCUCCACUCCCUGCUCUGACUGACUAACUGACUGACUUCAGAAUGGGUCAUAUACUCUACAGUGGAAACAGAAGAUACUCUUGAGUCUCCUGUUCUGCGGAUAUGGCAACACCCUCAAGAUCCUUGACUCGUCAUGUCCCUGUCGUGGACACCUUAUCAACACUCACUCCUCAGGAGACUCGUCGCCACAGAGUUCAGCCACUUCCUCUUCCUGUGUCGGAGCCAGUAGAUAACUGCUCAGCACUGUGUCGUUUUUCAUCCUCAUCCGUCACGAUGUUUACGCCGCCGUAGGAUCACUCGUGCUGCAUUCAUGUCAGAUGGGAAUACAGUAACAAGUUGAAGAGUAACAACAUAGUUGAUUCAUAUGUUUUGUCUUGUUUUAAGAUGUUACGGCACGUUAUUGUUUUUUUUAAUUACAAACUGUUUAAAGGAAUAGUUCAGUAUUUUUGGGAAAUAUGCUUAUUCGCUUUCUUACCAAGAGUUAGAAGAGAAGCUCAAUUACAUUUUCCUCCCACAGCCGAUUAACCUAGCUUCACAUAAAGCCUGGAAGCAUGGGGAAAUGGCGUGCUAAAGCCUGGCUCUGUGCAAAGAUAACAAAAUCCACCUCUAAGGCUAACCAAUUAACAAGUUAGAUCUUGUUUGUUUAAUCCAUACAAAAACCCAAAGUGUACUGAGACAAUUCACAGGUUUAAAGGGGCUAUGUACCUUUAUUUUUUUUUGGGGAGG